CAAUAAAAAUUCUUCCAAGUCUCUGUCGUCAUUUGGAUACUGAUACAAAUUAUCAAAAUUCUUCUUGAAUGAUUCUUCACUUGAAUUAAAACCCCUCACAAGCUUAAAAUCACGAAGUGCGCUUGACAUUGAUGAAUUUGGGUCUCUGCCAUCGGCUGCAUAUUCAACUCUAGAUAAUGUGUGUAGUCUGAAGUUAACAAGAAAGUUUGGACAUGCAGAUUCCCUGUUAGAGGGUGGGAAAUAAACUGAAAGGAAUAGCUGAGCGCCGGUAACCACACCGGUGUGCAACAAGAACAGUCCGCGGUUGGCAUUCGAGUUGAACACUUGUGUACAAUCACAUCCUCUGAGCAUGUGUUGAGUGUAAUUAAAAGUGCGACGGAUUAAAUUGCGCCCUUCAUUAUAAUUUGUCCGCAAUAAUUUUUACGUGACAGUGACUCGAGCAAAUAAUUCAGCGAUUUUCGGAGCAGAACAACAAAAUAAAAUGUUCUUAUUGUUCCAGAUACAAAUGCAACUUUCCAAAAACCUCCGAAUAUCGCCGAACGACUUAACAAUAAUCUAAUUGACGACUGAAGAUAAUGCCGCUAUCAUAAUGAGAUGGAAAUUGCGCGUCCAUUACUCGACAAUGAAACAUCGAUACGCGACAUUGUAUCGGGACUCAAUGGAAAACAGUAAUCUAACAAUUAGUAAAUAUGACCGUGUCGUAUCAGUACGAGGUCGCAAGCUCGACCAGCGGUGGAUUCACUCGACUGCUGUUUAUGUGGCGGGGCUCCCUUUACAAACUCAUCUACAGGGAAUUGCUGUUGUUCUGUGUACUCUUCGGGGCUAUUUCUGCAAUCUAUCGUCAUAUUUUUAAUGACACUUACAAGAGGACAUUUGAACUACUAGUGGUUUACUGUGAUACCUUCAUCAGCCUCAUUCCUCUCAGCUUUGUCCUUGGUUUUUACGUUGCAUACGUAGCGGCACGAUGGUGGCAGCAAUACAUGGCAAUCCCCUGGCCAGACAAAGUGAUGCACAGUGUCGCCCUGUACUUGACGGGUAACGACGAUUAUGGACGUAUGCUGCGUAGGUCAUUAAUGCGGUACCUUAACUUAUCACUGAUACUGGUUCUCCGGUCCAUAAGUUCAGCCGUAAAACGUCGAUUUCCAACGCUAGACCACGUCGUUGAUUCCGGAUUUAUGACUGCGCUGGAGCUAGAACUGUUUCUAUCGGUGCCCAGUGUUGAGUUUAAUACCUAUUGGAUACCAUGCACGUGGUUUAUCAAUUUACUCAAGGAGGCUCGACGGACACACAGACUACCAGAUGCUCAGGGACUUAAGAUUAUCAUGGAGGAAUUCAACGAUUUUCGUUCAAAAUGUGGACUUCUCUGGAGUUACGAUUGGGUAUCGAUUCCCCUAGUGUACACACAAGUAGUCACCCUGGCGACCUACAGUUUUUUCGUCGUAGCUCUGAUAGGGAGACAAUACAUAGAAGGAGACAAGAAGCCCUUUCAAAUGGAGCUCGACCAGUAUCUACCAAUUUUCACGAUUCUUCAAUUUUUCUUCUACAUGGGAUUAUUAAAGGUGGCAGAGCAACUGAUAAAUCCCUUUGGCGACGACGAUGAGGACUUUGAGUUGAAUUGGCUCAUUGACAGACACACGAAGGUCUCAUAUCUGGGUGUUGAUACUCUGAUGAAUCGGUGUCCACCCCUUGUCAAAGAUAUUUACUGGGACUCGGAGGACCUCAUACUGCCUUAUACUGAAGCCGCUGCUGCGUACAAACGGAAAACAUAUCGUGGCAGUGUCGCCAAUAUGAUGGUUCCCGAGGAGAAGCAAACAAUGUUCCUGCCAGAAAUAACCGAAGAGGAAGAGUCCGAGCAGCAAACCCCCACCCCGAGAACAUCCACCGCGAGUCUGACGACACAUUCGAACGAUAGUCCCCUCAAUGGCAAGCGGCAGAUCAUCGGUAAUCCCUCAGCCUCGAAAGUCUCCCGAAAUUACCCGGAGACAGUUAUACCACUGGAUCUCCACGAGUUUAACGAGAUUGAAGGACAGUCUGUGUCGUCUGCCCAGAAGAAAUCCGUGAAGUUGACUCCCAAGGUCGAGAGGAGAAGGUUCUUUCCAUUUGUCCAGAAGGCUAACCCGAACAUUCGACCUUGGCCUAGUGCCACAAAUCUUGAAGAAAGUACUCUGACAUAUACGAGUACAAAGGAAAAUGGAGAAACUGGAAAUGCACAUUCUAUAUCGAUCCAGAGCCCACCACCUUACAUAACUGUACGUAGUGAGUCCCAAGAGGAGCCCAUUGAAGAGGCCCAGGGCUUCUUCAACUCUGCAUUCUCUCAGGAGCAUCUACCAGGGGUUAACGAGGUCUUUGAUAGUACCAGCAACGUCGGAGAUUCGCCGAAAAUGAGGGCUGCUCCGAAGUUCCUGGUGAGACGACAGGGCUCUGUGGGUAGUAGCAGGAAGAAGAAGGGCAUCAGGUGGAAACGACCGUUGGACACUCAUGUCAAUAGGAGAAGAACUGUGGACUCCCUUCCUUCGGCUAAAAAGAUCAUCUCUCAGACCAGCAGUACGCCGGAUCUGAAGAGCUUUACGGUUUGUGAUAAUAGAGACGUUUUUGUUCAUAAACGCGCAGUCAGUGAGGAAAAAGAAUCGUAGGAUUUUUCCACAGGAAGAGGAAUGGAAGACAUGUGUUCAGAGGGAAAAUUAAUGGCUGAUUUGUUGGACACCUGUUGUGGACCUGUUCGACACCCUGACGUAUUCUAGUACAAAGGGGAAAUGGAGAUUGAUCGGUCAAUUUAUAAAAUGAUCAAUCAUUGCCCAGCUAGCUAGUGUAAGGAAUUAACUUCAAACUCGUCAGUUUACUGGAAAAAAAUAUUAAAAGAACCUCUUUCCACUGAUGAGUUUUUUACCAGGAACGUUGCUUGAUCAAUUUUUAUUUCCAUCCUAAAGUGGAGAACUUCUUGAUGAAUAGUGAUGAAGGGAAUUACGGACCAUGAUAUCGACGAUCCAAGAUCGUUGAAGUGCCUGGGUGUAAUUAAAAAUUCCUUUUGAUUUACCGACAAUUUGUCGUGUCUCACUAUCAUUUUUAUUUUGAAUGAUCCAGACACAGCCUGCGGGACUAUUAGAAUUACUUUUCUCAGAUGUUGUGCAAUCCCUUAAUGAGAACACUUGCCUCAGGCUCUUCGCUAUCCUUUUUUCGUCGAGAGUGAAAAAGAAUGAGGAAUGAGAAGGGAAUUGCGAAGAAUUACCACUGAAUAUGCUGCUUUCGCAUUGAGUUUAUGUCGCAAAACGUGAAAGAAAUGCUCCAACAAAUAAUAUUUUCCAUCUGUUGGGGAUGAAUUCAAGAUGUGGCUUUUUUUGAUGAUAAAUAUUGUUAAUUAAUAUUACCCGAGAAAAUAUAUUUUUUAUAUAAUGAUAAUUAUGAUCCAGUAUUACGUAAUUUUAUUCGAUCCUCGAUGGACUUAUUGAAGAGUCUCUCAGGAGGACAGAUUAUUGUGUAGUGAAUUUGGUUUAAUUUAAUGGUUAAACUUGUAAAUAUUGUAAAUAAAUCAAUAGGGAAAUCGUGGAUAGAUGCUAAACGAUGACCGAUCGAUCGUCAUCGUUAUCAUUUCAAUGAAAUAAAUAAAUUGGUAUUCAAAGAACUCAAAA